AUGACUACCACUACCACGACUACUGCUCCGGCCAGUCCCUCGACUGCACGCCUGCCUGUGCAGAACGAUGCCGCACCCGGCCCGGGUCCUAAAUCGCAGAAACAAAUGACCAAGGCCGAACGCCGGGAACUGCAGGAGAAACAGCGCGCGGCCAAGGCUGCUGCCAAAGCCGACGGCCCGGCUCCGGCCAAAGGCGCCGCCAAGAAAGACGGCGCGGGCAAGAAGGAGGGAGGAAGCAAGCGGGAGGCGGCGAGGAGAGAAGGCGCCUCGACGCCGAGCGGUCCAUCGGCCGCGAAGGACAAGGCGACCGCCGCUGCCGUGGCCCAGGAUCCGGGCGCGCGCGGUCUCAGGAUAUUCUCCCACUUCGCACUUCAGCGUCCGACGACGAGUACCGCGAAAGGCGACGUCCAUCCCGCGAUCGUUCGCCUCGGUCUGCUAUUCGCAUCUUUCCGCAUCUCGGGCGCCAACGCCCGAUGCAUCGCGACUCUCUCUGCGUUCAAGGAUGUCAUCCAGGACUACUCUACGCCACCAAACCAGACUCUGGCUAGGCAUCUCACAACCCACUUGUCUGUUCAGAUAUCUCACCUCGUUGCUGCGAGACCCAUGUCUGUCACGAUGGGCAAUGCCAUCCGGCAGCUCAAGCUCGAGAUCAGCGGUUCAGACAUUGAUCUUCCAGAGCAAGACGCGAAGGACGCUCUCUGUCAAAAGAUCGACGACUAUAUUCGUGACCGCAUUGUCUUCGCCGACCAGGUCAUUCAGGAGACCGCGACGAAGAAGAUCCAGAAGAACGACGUGAUUCUCACGUAUGCUCGGUCUUCCGUCGUGGAGAAGGUGCUGCUGCAGGCGUGGGAGGACGGUACUCCCUUCUCCGUCAUCGUCGUCGACUCGCGGCCAAUGUUGGAAGGCAAGCGCCUACUAUCUGUACUGAGUCGGGCCGGUAUACCUUGUACCUACCUGCUCUUACCCGCCCUCGGGUCCAUCAUCGCCGAAGUAUCGACCGUCUUCCUCGGCGCACACUCGAUCCACUCCAACGGCGCCGUCUACUCUCGUGCGGGCACUGCGCUUGUCGCUAUGAUGGCAAAACAACACUCCAUACCAGUCGUCAUCUGUUGCGAAACGUACAAGUUCUCGGAGAACGUGCAGCUCGACAGCUUUACCAAAAACGAGCUGGCGCCGACGGCUAUCUUCCCACCUCUCGCGCCCAACAAACAUCCGGGUUCUCAACCGGUACAGAGUGGCCAGCAUCUCGAGAUCCUUAAUCCGCUGUACGACCUGACCCCACCUGCAAGUAUCACCGCCGUCGUCACCGAAGUCGGUGUCAUCCCUCCGGACUCUAUUAGCUCAAUACCUCUCGCUCUCGGAAGGACCAUGAUUUGA